GUUUGUUUAAUAGUUGGUGGGUAGCCAUUCACUUUGUCCGCCAUGAAACGGGACAGUUCAGGAAAUAACCAGGAUGGUCCUCCAUCGAAAUUUCAGCGUUCUACCGUAGAUCUAACCAAUGUUUCUAUCAGAUUUCUUAUUCCCGGGAGAGCUGCAGGGAUAAUGAUUGGGAAGGGUGGGGAAAAUAUCAAAAAAAUACGGUCACAGUAUAACGUCAAGCUGAAUAUUCCCGACAGCAGAGGCCCUGAACGGUAGGGUAACCCAGAAACUUAAUGUCACCUUGAUGUGUAUUCGGUCGAUUAAUUAGUUUGCCUAAAUUAUUGUUUUCAUGUUUUUGGUUCAUUUUUGUGUUUGUAAAGCCCUUUUGGCGAUCGUUUGCCGAGUAAUUCAUGAUUUUGGCUGUCAGUUAACCUACUAGCUACUGUCGUUAUGAAACAAGUACUAGGUAGAGAUGUUAGAUCAGAUGAUGUAUUGAAAAUUCAUCAGUUGGGGUGAGUGAGUCAUGUGUUUCGUAUGCCCAACCGAUGACUGACUCGACGAGCGAUUCUUUGUGAUGUGGGGAUAGGUUGAAAAUAAACCAGGGGCAGCCCAAACAUGGCACAACUUCAUGAAUUCACUGAUAACUGGACUGAACCAUGUUGGUAAAAGUCGACUACCUAGUUUGGGACCGUGAGACGAUGAUAACCGAUGGCUGGAGACCUUGAACAACAUGGCUUAAGAUCGUUUGCAGUGGAGCUUAUACGCCUUCUACCACCGGGAUUCAAUAUGACAAUUGUGUCGCCGUGCCAAUGUGAUGUGGCAACCUGGACUGAUGUAAGUACGCACGAAGUUCUACGCCGUAACUGACUGACUGACGAGUUACUGUUGUGAAUGGGGCUUCCAGUGACUUAGCCAUGGAUACAAACCUAUUAUGUAAACGUUUAGACAAGUUUUGGGGAUAACCCUUAGAUGGUUGUUUAGUUCUCCGAACCCUCCACGACUUUCACUAUAUGGAAGGGUAUCAUAAGCUUCAUUAUAUUAUCCAAGCUUCUGUAUUUUCCUUCUUUCCCACCCUAACUUGUUUUUUUCCAAUAGGAUAAUGACUAUCGAGGGUGACCUGCAGGCCAUCUGCAGCAUAAUGCGCGAUGUUUGUCCAAAACUAAAGGAUAUAAUGAACGCAAAACUCUCCGAUCCGAAACGUAUAAUGGGUGCCCAAGGGUUUCGGCGUCGUCCAAGACGAAACGAAGAUCCAGAACGGGAUGACGAGGAAGACGAAAACAUGAUCGACUUUAGAAUCCUAGUGCACGAAAGCCAAGCUGGCUCCGUCAUCGGCCGAGGUGGGGAACGUAUUAAGGAUCUCCGUGAUAAGUACAAAAUGCGUGUUAUCAAGGUGUAUCAGAUGUUGGCUCCACUAUCCACUGACCGAGUAGUACAGAUGGUUGCUGACCCAGACAAUGUCGUCCAAUGCUUGAGAGCUGUGAUAGAGGCGGUUGAGUCUGCUCCUCCUCGUGGUCGCCGUGAAGACUAUGACGCUGCCAACUUCAGUGAGGGUGAUGCUCUUAACUUCGGUGGUUGGUUGUCCCGAGAGGCUGCAGCAGCACUAGCUCAAGGGAUGCCACUCCGUGGACCUGGAUGCAUGCCGCCAAUGGGUUGUAACAUGGGUGGUCCGUAUAGGGUGGGUGGUGGUGACAUGGGGCCAAUGGGUGGUGGAAUGGGCCCCAUGGGUGGAGGAAUGGGUCCUAUGGGCGGUGGACCGAUUCCCGGAGGCCGUGGUCGAGGGCCUCGCUCCGGCGGUGGGAUGAUGGGUGGAAAUGCACCUCUUGCGCAAGGUCAACGAGGGAUGAUGGGCUCCUCAGGACCGGCACCGGUUCCUCCUCCAGCCGGUCGUAAUACUUCUAUGGGUCCACCAGGCGGUUAUAGUAGUUCAGUGGACGGAGGUUACGGUGGUCAAGGUGGAUACGAUGGUCCAGGUGGAUUCGAUAACGGAGCAUACGGAGGCAUCGAUCAAACUGGACAAGGCGGGUUUAGUGGUCCUGGAUACGGUGGGUCGGGCAACAUGACUUCUGGAGGCUACGGUGCGUCUGGGUAUGGUGGAAGCCAGCGCGGAUCUAGUGACAUGGCAGGUGGUCAAAGAAAGAACAUGAAGACAUUAUCAAUUAGUGUUAUUGGUGCAACUGUAUUGCUUAUUAUGAGUAUUCAAUUAAUUACAGGCUUUGUUGUACAUGAAAAUAGUACUAACAUACUAAAUUAUCUUUACUUCGUAAAUUUACGUGUUUGUAUUCAUCAAUCUGUCGUCUUUAUUUCUUAUAAAAUUGAAUGUAUUCAAAUUUGCAUCCGUGUUACACACGAUAAACCUAAGUCUAUAUGGGUUGAAGCAAUUAAUUGUGAUACUUCUUGUCCUGUGCAAAUCACAUAUUCAGAUGAAAAAACUAUUGGAAGUGGUUCUUUUGGUAUUGUUUACGUUGCAACUUUAUCAGAUGAUCGUAAAGUAGCAAUUAAAAAAGUUCUACAAGAUAAGCGGUAUAAAAAUCGUGAAUUGCAUAUACUUCGUAAAUUAAAACAUUGUAAUAUUGUUUCUUUGUAUUAUUAUUUUUAUUCAUCAUCAUCUACUAAACCAAAUGAUACUUAUUUAAAUUUAAUACAAGAAUAUAUUCCUCAAACAUUAAGUCGCCUUAUCAAACAUUAUUGGCGUAUUCGGCAAACAAUUCCACUUGUAUAUGUUAAGUUGUAUAGUUUCCAACUUCUACGUGGAUUAGCUUAUAUUCACAAUCAAGGCGUAUGUCAUCGUGAUAUAAAGCCACAAAAUUUGUUAAUUGAUUCGGAUCAAGGCUUAUUAAAAAUAUGUGAUUUCGGAAGUGCUAAAAUAUUAAAUCCUGCAGAACCAAAUGUUUCCUAUAUUUGUUCACGGUAUUAUCGUGCACCAGAGUUAAUAUUCGGAGCUACUCAUUACACUGUACAAAUUGAUAUGUGGUCAGCUGGUUGUGUAAUUGGUGAGCUUUUAUUAGGUCGACCACUUUUUCCAGGUGAAUCAGGAGUUGAUCAAUUAGUUGAAAUUAUUAAAGUUCUUGGUACACCAACACGUGAACAAAUUCAUGACAUGAAUCCUAAUUAUAGUGCAUUCAAUUUUCCAACUGUUCAAGGAUGUUCUUGGGAAAAAUUUAUUCGUAAUCGUAAUGCUGAUACAGCUGCAUUUUAUGUACUUGGAAAAUUACUUGUCUACAGUCCAAAAAUUCGUAUGACCGCUUGUAAUAUUUUAAGUUGUUGUUUUUUCAAUGAUCUCAUCCUACCACCACCUGGUCAUCCAGUCGAUGCAACAGGUCAUCUACCGAAUGGUAAAUCAGCGCCAAAUUUUGUGAAUCAAUUUACUGAACAAGAAUUAUCAUAUCUUCCAAAAGAAAUGACAGCUCGUUUACGAGCAUUACGAGCUUCGAAAAGUCUGUCUGUUGUAAAUCUUUCAAUACCAGAGAAUGGUGAAUUAGAUAUGCGUAAAAAAUCCAAUUCAUCCAAAGCAACCACACCAUUGAUUCUCAAAUCUGAACGAGCAGUGAAACUUCGCAAUUGCAAAACAUCUUCCCAUGACAAUUUAACAACACAACGUCUAUCGGUACAAUUGUCAAAAGGAAGUCGAAAAGAUCAAAGAUCAUCUGUGAAUUUUCGAACUGGAACUAUGCAUCAAGCAAAUGCUUUUCCUAUUAUGGCUUCGUCAGUUAAUGAAAGUCGAACUAGCACUGCUACUACUACUACUACUACUACUACCACUUCCACUACUACUAAAUGUUUUCGACGUCCAUCACAAGAUUCUAUGCUUGCAGACAAUGUAAAAACGAAUCCUUUAAAAGUAUCUCAACAAUCCCUUUUAUCUUCUAUUUCAUCAAUUAAUCCAAUUUCAAGUAAUGAUCAUAAUAAAACUCUAGCCAAUGGUGAUAAAAUUCGUGAUAAUCCUCCUCCUCCUCCUACUACUACUACGACACGUGAAAAAUCUUUUCUAACGGAUCAUGCUUCUUAGAAAAGUUCAACACGAUUAAAUUGAUCCGACUGGAUGAACUAGGAUACUACUGCUACUAUUUCUACUCUGAAUUACUUUCAUGUCAUAUUCUAUCCAUACAACAACAACAAUAACAACCCAUCAUGUAUUAUUAGUACUGAUUUAUGUGCAAGAAUGUAUAUACAUAUAUAUAUGGCAAUGCUCUAUCUAUCUAUCUAUCUAUCGACUAUCUAUGUCUAGCAUGCCGUUUUUUUUUGUCAGACAACUAUCACAACGUGUAGUGUAUUUUGCCUUACCUCAAAAUGAAAAAAAGAAACCCUCCCCCCUAAUCACUGAACAACACAUCGUGUAUAUUAUGCGUUUCAUCAAUCUGAUCGUGUAAUUUCAAUUUGGUCACAUAGUCUUUCUUCUGUCUUAUUAUAGUUAGUAGUAAUUUAUGUAUUGUUUUUAUUUCAUCUGUUUAUACAACAACAUUCGUACCACUUAUUGAUCUCUUUAUAUUAUAUAUGCAUACCUAUUGUUUAGUCUCAUAAUCCACAAUUACCAUUGUAUUAUCAUGAUUGCUGUUUGUUUGUUUUUUUCUCAUGUUUCCUCUUUUGCAUAUUUUGUGUCACGAAUUAUGAUUAUUAUUAUUAUGAUUAUUUUUUCUUUUUGGUCGUCACAAACAACGCUGAACUCCUGCUCUACUGCCACCCACCUAUGUGUGUGUGUGUAUGUAUGUGUAGUGAUUGCACAAUGCGAUCGAUCCCGUUGUCUUUUUGCAUCGUUCAUUUUAUUUCAUGGGUCCAAUUUUAGUUUUCGCGCAAUGUGUUCACUUCACUUGAUCUCUUCCCUAUCUUGAAUCGAGAACAAACGAAAACCCGUAGGAUUUUUAAAUAUUGAUCUGAUUCAUUAUUAUUAUUAUUAUUAUGACAAACCCAGUAAUUUGUAUGUAUGUGUACGUGCGUGUGUGUGUAUGUAUAUAUAUAUAUUCCAUCUGUGAUAAUAUUGUUGUACCAUGUAAACCUGACACAUACUACUCACUCACUGGUCAUAAUUAUUAUUUCUGGCUAGUAGAGUAUAUAUAGCACGCAAUAGUAGUAGGUUUUUGGUUGUCACUGAAUUGACCAUGACAUCAAAACACAUCCAUUGUAAUGUAUUUUGUUUUGUUUUUUUCAAAAAAAAAUUCAUCAUUUCUCACUAUAUUUGUCACAUUGUUUUUCUCAAUCUGCCUCUCUUUGACUCGGUUGUCAUUUGUCCAGCAUUGACAACCAAUCAACCAACCAAACCAGCUUUAUAAUACUUUAUUUCUCAUGAUAAUAUUAUUAUUGAGAAUUGUUUUGUUUUUUUCUUUUAAAAAAAAUUUAUUUUAUGUUCUGCUAACAACUCUUUGCAGUGCAAUUUGUGUUUUCUUUGAAAAAAUUUACUUUCAUUUCAUUCAGUGUAUCUGUGUGUGUGUGUAUGUGUUAAUCAUUUUACCUGAUUUUAUUCUUUACAAACACACAACCAUUGAGUUGUAAUAAUAAUAAUAAUGUC